GAUCCGGGGAAAUCGCGGACUACUGACACUUGAGUGGCCCUCUCCUCCCCCCCCCCCUUUUUUGGUUCGGAACUCAGUGUAGAUUUUCAUUCAGUUUUACUGCACCGAUUGAUGCAGUAGAAUUGUCCAUCUUUAAUCUUAUUCCCUUCACAACUUUGUGGUAAUUGUAUUAAGGAUAGUUGUUAUCUAAACUUUCGUUAAAAAUAUGCCAUUACUUUACUAGAACAGCGGUAACGAGGGCGGUAUCAAAAGACGCCUGAUGAGACUUCGGAGCUCAAUUGGGACUGGUUCGGUACAGAAAGGGCAAGAAGCAUUUGAUUCUGUGAAUCUGGCAGACGAGUCCCUAUGGGACGAAGCCAUCUGUACCUUGGCAGGUUGUCAGCAUCCACAAUGCUGGGCAUCACUUCGACGGAUUGAGAGGGGCCAUCCUAGGAUCCUGGACACAUCCCCUAAAUCUCCCCAAGAGCCUGAAGAUAAACUCCCAACACUCACCGUUGUAAAUAUCAUGGAUACUUGCUUGUGGACUCAGAAGAGGGUGGUUCCGAGACAACCAUCAGAAUUUACCUUCCUCAAGGAUCGUUCUCCAUUGUCGAAACCAACCUCCAAACGUCAGAGCAGGUCUCCGAAGGCUUUACGUGAUAAAGAUGUGACUAGCCGUUCCCCUAGACCUCCCAAACUCUCAGUGUUGAAUUUGAAUGAAGCAGAACUUCCUUUCCCAGAAGGUGACAGAAACAUGGUUAUGACCUGGGUUCCAGAAGGAGCGGAGAAGAAAAUAAGACCAGUUCAAAAGACUGCUGUUUCCACCUGGCCUGAGAAGAGGAGAAAGAAACAGAGAGAGAAAAGCAAGCCAUCUCUGUACCCUGGAAGGCGGUACUUGAAGAGUCCAGCAGUGAUUGUCCCUCCCCCAUCUCCAGUACACUUCUUGGAUCAAUUAAGUUCUGAAAACAUACCACUCUGGGCCCAAGUUGACAUGCUUCCCCAGGAUCUCCUGAAGGAGUGCAUCUUGGAACAUGAGAAAGCCAUGUCUUACCCUGAGGUGAAGAUAGAGUUGUCCAAGAUGAGAAAGAGUCUUCCCCUGGAAAAGAGCCGGACCGAUAGUGCUAUCUCAUCUAAGAUGUAUCUGACUAUCCAACGCCUCACCCUGCAAAAACCAUCACUGCGGUAUCCUGCUCGUCUGAGGAAGCUGCGCUCCAGGAAGCGAGGCGAGGGAUCUUCAGAAUCCUUGAUGCAGCAGGGGAAGUCGAAAACCUCUAAGAAACAGAAAGCCGGGAGAAGUGUCCUGGACCAGUACGGUAUGGGGGAAGAAACCAUGUCAAGAUCUUUCUUCCAUGACCAAGAAGGAUUUAGCAUGUCAGGACAGGAAAAUGAACAAAAGCUGUUGGAAGAGGAGGAAACAUCCUCAGAGAGACAUGUCCCCUUAGAUGAGGUGUAUGAGUUUGGCAGCUACUACACAGACUACUACACCAGUGCGGAGGAGGGUGAUGGCAUAUAUGACACAAUUUACCAGGAUCUUGAUGAGGAGGAAGAGACUGUGGUGGGCGUUGAGGGUUCCAGCAAAGACAGCAGCCCCAAGAACCUUUCUAGAAUUAUGGACGGCAUCGGCUGGAACCCUGAGCUCAAAUUGCUGAGGAUUCUGCAGGCCACUGAGGAGGAGGAGGAGGAGGAAAGCCAUCAUUCCAAGGCACAGGGUGAAGCACCUCUGGAAGCUUAGCUCAAGUCAUCACUCGGGGCAGCCUUGGCCAGAAGAGUUCUUGGUAUUCUGAGGACAACAACCUUGGACACAGGGAAGAAAAGAGAGAAUGUUGUUCUCUGGAUCCUCUGUCAGGACCAGGCCCUAGACACCCCGUACUCUUCAUUUACUUUUUACCUCCAAAAUGAGUGAGAAAAAGCCCUAAUCCCACGGAAUAUAGGCAGCUUUCCCACAAUUAAACACAACCCCUUCUAGCAAAGACUCUUUCUCUGUUUCCAGGAAGAGAGAAGGUAGCACUUGCUCAUGUCUGGUUUUUUUUUUUUUUGGGGGGGGGUCCCCUUUAUCUCUUUUCAGAAGUGUUUGCAGUGCUGGGAAGCUGGGUUCAUGGGAACCUUCACAAUAUCCCUAACUGCUCCUCAGUCCCUGGAGAUGGUUCUCUUUGGCAAUGGGGCCUGCACUAUUAUUGAGUGAUAAUCACUGUGUAGUAUUCCCACCUAAAAGUACAUUAUUUAAAGAAAAGUUUAUCUUAUCCACAAAUAAUUCAAUAUGUAUCUCUAAAGAAAAGCACUAAAAAUCUAAAAAUUAUUUCAUUCUACAGAAUUAAUACUGAUUGCUUGAUUUCAAAUAUGCAAGCAUAUUUAAAUUUCCAUGUGUCACUAAGGUUUUUUGUUUGUUUAUAGUUGAUAUAGUCACAUUAGAAUUCAGACAAGGUCCAUUAACAUGCACUUGUUCCAUAUGCUCUGUUCUCUUUUAAUCUGUACAUUCUCCUCCUUCUUUCUUCUUCUUUUCCUGGAAUUCAUACCAACUCUGAAGAGCUUAGCUUUCCAGUUCUUAAGAAAUCUAGUCUGAAGGGGAAUGUCAAUGUUCACAAAGACCCAGAAUUCCAGAGUCUCAGGAGCCUCCUAACUUUGUUUUAGAUGGAUUUUUCCCCCAACUAUUUUUAGUCCUUUAAACAACUUUUAACAGGGUGGUAUUGCCCAUUAAAGGCCCAUGCCUUUAAUCCUAGCAUUCAGGAGGCAGA